UUAACAGAGGAAUAAGCCCUUGCCUCAGCGUCAUAUGACUAUUGCGGUCAGUAUGUGUUGUACGCACUUUAAACGCACACUUUUCCCUGCAUGCUACAUCCCUUUCUAACUUCUCCUUUGAUCUUGGAAGUCAGACUUGAAUUCUGAACAUCUUCACUCAUACGGGCUCUGCUAGCAGAAUUCCAUAUCAGUAUGUAUCCGUCGAUUUCAGCGUCCCAGUGGGGUUCUCCCACUGCUCCCAAGAAAGCUCUGCUUAUUCAUGGGUUGACUGCGUGCUCGAGUUCAUGGGAAGGUGUCGCUCAGCUAUUAGUAGCAGAAGGAUUCUUUGUCGUGGCUCCGAAUCUCCUUGGGCAUGCAUGGAGACGGGGCACCGACUUCCGCAUGUCUGCCCUUGCAGAGGACCUCCGACUAUACUUCAUCAAUGACAUGUCCUACGACGUGGUUGUAGGUCAUUCUCUUGGAGGCAUAGUCGCCCUUUCGCUCUUGCAAUUCUUGCCCAAAACGAAGGAAGCCACUGUCAUACUCGUCGACCCCCCUCUCGAUAUUGAAAGUACAGCCGAAAUCUAUAAAAGUUGGUUUCUGGAUGAAAUCGCGAAUGUCAAAACCACCGAGGAGCUGGCUGAUGACUUUGGUUGGUCACAACGUGACUGCGUGUUACGCGUACUAGGAUUUACAAUGUGCGACCGCACCACCAUCGAGGGAGUCUUCUCGCAUAACAGGCCAUGGUCUUUCAGUGGCCUGUUCAAAAACAUCCCCCCUCACGUGAAGAUCACCGUGCUGGUGUCAGAUCCGAUGUUCGGGGCUGUUUGUCUUCUAGAACAUGUCCCUUGUGACGUUGAGAGACUGAAUGUCAGGGUCCUUCCAGGCAUCGGCCACUGCAUUCAGUGGGAGCGUCCAGAUAUUAUCAUGGAUGCAAUCCAACCACCGAGAGCGAAGCUUUGAGCCGUGUGAAGGAGAUGCAGUGUUUUGUGGCCUAGUUUGUGUCUGUGACUUUUUGUUGGAACCUGGCCUUCGUUCGUGCAUGGGGUGUUGCAAGGCAUGCAGUAGUCCAAUU